AACAGCAUACAGCAUACAUCCCCAGGCAAUGGCAUCAGCAGUCAACCGCGUUGCACAGGUCGCCUCUCACAUCACCGGUUUGUCGUCCAGUAUCGACAGCAAGAACGCAGACGAUGUUGUUGUCGUCGCCGCUCUUCGUUCUGCGUUGACCAAGGGCGGAAAGGGUGGCUUCAAGGAUACCCAAGCUUCCGAUAUCCUUGCUGGUGUCCUCAAGGCCACCAUCACCAAGUCCGGUAUCAACCCUUCCCUCGUUCAGGACAUCGCAGUCGGUUCCGUUCUCCCUCCCGGUGGCGGUGCGACCGAGUUCCGUGCUGCCGCAUUGGUCGCUGGGUUCCCUUCCUCCACCUCUGUCAACGCAGUGAACCGCCAAUGCUCCUCCGGUUUGCAAGCAUGCGUUCAGAUUGCGCAUGAAAUCAAGGCCGGAAUGAUUGACUGUGGUAUUGGUGCUGGUGUCGAGAGCAUGUCGAACAACUACGGACCCGGUGCGGUAUCCGAGUUCAGUGACUUGUUGAAGGGACACUCAGAGGCGAAGGAUUGUCUGAUUCCGAUGGGUAUCACCUCUGAAAAUGUUGCGAAAGAAUUCAACAUUUCUCGCCAAGCUCAAGACGAGUUUGCCGCCUCUUCAUACGCGAAGGCCGCCAAGGCUCAGCAACAAGGACUCUUCAACGAGGAGAUUGUGCCUCUCAAGGUCAAGUUCACUGACCCGAAGACAGAUGAGGAAAAGGAGGUCACGGUCGACCGCGAUGAUGGUGUCCGUCCUGGCGUGACUGCCGAAUCCCUCGCCAAGAUCAGGCCCGCGUUUAGCAAGACCGGAACCACCCACGCCGGUAACGCCUCUCAGAUCUCCGACGGUGCUGCCGCCGUCCUGUUGUGCCGCCGCUCCUUCGCUCAGGCCAACGGAUUGCAGGUCAUCGGCAAGUUCGUUUCCGCCUCCGUUGCUGGUGUUCCUCCCCGUGUCAUGGGUAUCGGACCGGCUUACGCUAUCCCAAUCGCUCUUGAGAAAGCUGGCAUCACCAAAGACCAGGUUGACAUCUACGAGAUUAACGAGGCCUUCGCGUCGCAGGCACUUUACUCUUGCCAGGUCUUGGGCUUGCCGCUCGAGAAGGUUAACCCCAAGGGUGGAGCCAUCGCUUUCGGACACCCACUUGGUGCCACGGGAGCUAGGCAGAUCUCUACUUUGUUGACGGAGUUGAAGCGGACCGGGAAGAAGGUCGGUGUUACGAGUAUGUGUAUCGGUACCGGGAUGGGUAUGGCCAGUGUCUGGGUUGCCGAGUAAGCAUGCAUUUCUAUCAUUGUAAGAUGAGGUAGCUAGAUGGACUUUAGCUUUGUACGUUAGGUUAUGAGGUGAAUAGGAGUUUGCUUUGGCUU